CCACCCACCAGAACAUCUAGAGAUCUCUAAAACCUCCUGUUUGUUUGUUUGUUUGUUAUUUUUAUUCAAACAAUGAAUGACAUUUGUAGGCAGCUUUUUGGCCCAAACCAGGCCAACCAUUUUAUCCGUUUUUAGCCUUUGUGCUAAACCAUAGUAUUAUAACCUGCUCGGGAAUAGUAUCCCUCUAUUCAUUAAACUGCUAAAACCAAAAUGAAAAUAAAGCGUGCUUUUCCUUAAAUUAUUCCGUUAACAGGCUGAGUUCUUUAAAAGAGGAAUCUAAAGCACCAACAUACGGUUGUGAACUUGAGGGAUAAAAAUUAAGCCUAAUGCCUAUUUUUGUUAUUUGUUUUCUUUUUGCACAAGUUAAUUAAUAAUGUAUCACACAUGUACCGUUGCACAUUCUGUUCUUGAAAAACUGAAAAAAAAAUUAUUGAUUUAUGUGUGGUAACAUCAACUUACUUUUAGAAAGUACAGAAAACAGUAACCACUCACUUUGUUUGCUUGGUUUUGUUUGCCUUUUGCAACAUUUUGUCCUGACUCAUUGCUGGAAUCAAAUAUCCUCAGAGUUGUGUAAAAUCAAGUCAGUGAUCAAAACCUGAAGGAAUUUCAGCUGUGCUUUUCAGUGUAUUUUUUUCUUAAAGAUGAACCUGUGGCUGCUUCUUACUCUCACUGCUCUGGCUGAAUAUGCUUACCAAACGAAAGGCACCCACUCGUGCCCAGAUCUGUGCUCUUGCUCCUUUCUACCUUCGAGUGCAGAGGUGGUGUGCAGCCAAAGCUCCCUCACAUAUUUUCCUGCAGAUGGUUUAUAUCCCAACAUCACACGAUUGUCCAUCCAGUCCACAAACCUCAGCUUCAUUACAGCCAGACAUCUGAGUUUUGUGCCUCUUUUAAACCAUCUCCAGCUGUAUCACACUAAUCUUUCGAGCCUUCCUUCAGACCUACUGGGUGCCAUUCCUCACCUGAGUACAUUGGAUCUCACAGGUAAUCAGCUGAUUCAUCUGCCCCCAAAAGUCUUCGUCCAUUCCUUGCUCCGUAGUCUGGUGCUGAAGAAUAAUUUAAUUGAAAAAGCUCAUGGAGAGUGGUUUUCCGACAACAGCAGUCUCACCUGGCUGGAUUUGUCUGGGAACCGUUUAACGAGCAUUUCAGCUUCUCUGCUUCAGAAGCUGCCUCAUCUGGAAAAUCUCGACCUAAGUCAUAACCAUCUGCAAGAGCUACAGCCCGACACACUAGAAAACCUGCAUCACCUCGAGACACUAAACCUCGCUGGGAACAAAUUGAUUUCCCUGAAGCCUUCAACGUUUAGUCACAACCUGAAACUCUCCCAGCUGUUUCUGCAGGAGAAUCAGCUCCGAGAGCUGCCAGUGACAAUCCUCCAGGGUCUGCAACACCUUGAACUUCUGCUGCUUAAUCAGAAUCGGCUACAGUAUCUCCCCUCAGGUCUGCUGGAUGACAGAAAAUCCUCUUUUCAGAUGACCAUAACAGGGAACCCCUGGCAAUGUGAUGCCAACCUGGAGUAUCUGUGGAAGUGGCUCACUAACCAUCCUCAAAAUGUCUUCUUUCUAGAUGAGGUGGUUUGCGACGGCCCUGAAGCUCUGAAACAUAAACAAGUUGUUUCUUUAACUGACAGUCAGCUUGGUCUUAAAUAACAGAGACUCACAAUUAAUGAUGUGACUGUGAAACAGAUGUGUUGCAUUAACUCUGGCAAAUAAAACAUGUUUUCACAUAUAACCA